GCAGUUCCUGACGUGCGCCAGUGUCACGAGCUAGUAGAGUUAGUUGUUUAUGGAAUAACGACCAAAUACGAAACAGGACCUGACCAGCACAAGUGACGAUUGAGGAAAAAACACCAAAAUAUGUGGUGUAAGUCUCCUUUGGGUGCGGAAAAUGCCAAACGUUGUUAUGACGGCUCAUCCAUCAAAUGGUGGAACUGUGACACAAGUGGACAGCAUCCAGCAUUUGCCCAGUCCUCCCCAUCCUCCCACUGUGCAUGGUGCUAGUGAAAGUGGACACCAUGUGGAAGUAGUUAAAGAAAGGACCCCCCAAGGUGGUGAAUGGCUCCUGUCUGGGAUAAUUUGCAUCAACAUCCUGAUGCUUGGCUGUGCUCUGGUCAGCAGCAGCGCCUUCAAUGUUGUCGCCAUAACACCAGUGCACCGGCAAAUCUUCCUCAUCACCCUCCUCGUCCUUACUAUGUUGUGGAUGCUGUUUUACAUGGUCGUCACCUCCCGAGAGGAUCGUGCAGUCUUAUUUAAAGAUCGCCAUGCUGGGCCCGUGUGGCUCAAGGCUGGGCUUGUGCUGUUCGGCCUCCUUAGUUUCCUCAUGGACAUCUUCAAGAUUGCCACUUAUGUGGGCUACCUUCACUGUGAUUCUCCUGUUAAAGUAGCCUACCCCAUUGUGCAAGCUGUGUUUUUAUUUUUCCAGACCUACUUCCUGUGGUUUCAUUCAAGGGACUGCGUGCAGCUACACACCAACUUAACACGAUGUGGGCUUACUCUUACACUUUCAACUAACCUGGUGGUGUGGAUGGCAGCAGUGACUGAGGAGUCGAUUCAGAGGUAUGAUUCAUGUACAGAGUGUUUACGAGGAAAAUAACUGAUGGUUGCUCUUUCUGUUCCAGCCAACUACGGUGCCAAGAAGUGCACAUGCAGUCAUAUGGCAUGUGAGACCUUCAAAGAGGCCUUCUACUACCUGUACCCCUUCAACAUAGAAUACAGCCUCUUUGCUUCUGCCAUGACCUACAUAAUGUGGAAAAACGUGGGCAGAAUUGUUGACCAUCACAAGCACCACAAAUUUAACUUCUAUGUGAAAGAUGUUUUCGUAGGGCCUGUAGCAGGACUGCUCCUGGUGGUGGCAGGACUUGUUAUAUUUGUACUGUACAAGAUUAACAUACUCAAAGAAGACAAGGAGAAAAGAAAUAAGGCCCUGCUGAUUCAUUUCAUUAUGAACAUAGUGAUUGUUAGCUUGAUGUCCCUCUCCACUAUGAUUGGCUGCAUUAUUUACAGACUGGACCGCAGGGAAUAUGUAUCAGACAAAAACCCCACUCGCAGCCUGGACGUGGGGCUACUGGUGGCAUCGUCUUUGGGGCAAUUCAUCAUUAGCUAUUUCAGCCUUGUGGCUACAGUGGCGACGGGAGCCCAGGGUUACCUAAAUGUGCUCAACCUGGCCUGGGCUGUGGUAUUGGUGGUUGAGAUUGGCCUGCAGAACUAUUUCAUCAUUGAAGGCCUCCAUCGGCAGCCCAUCAAUGUAAUGCAGGCAAAUGCCCGUGCUUUUCAAGACCACACCGAAAUGGCCAAUGACGUGGAGGGUCAAAUAUCAAGAUACUCAAUUUCUAAAAAGCCAAGUUGGAAAAGGAGAGUUCUGAGGGAAGUGUGUGCCUUUUUGCUCCUGGCAAACAUAAUUCUAUGGAUCAUGCCUGCAUUUGGGGCUCGUCCCCAGUUCGACCACUCCGCUGAGAUAUACUUUUACAAUUACACAAUGUGGAACGCAAUUGUGAAUAUUGGACUUCCUUUUGGAAUCUUCUAUCGCAUGCACGCUGUGGCCAGUCUCUUUGAAGUUUAUCUAAGAGAUUGACUAAUCUCGUAGCUAGACUCAUUCUUUUGAUAUAGGUGUAUAAAAAGUGAACAAUUUUAUGUAUUAAAACAUUUAACAUG